AUGGCUAACAAGAGCCGGCCCAAAAAGACUAGGGGCCAGCUGUACAAGAAAUACGUAUAUGGGGUAAAGGACAACGACCCGGUUGAUGUUGAGACAGAAACCACGCUGCAGCAGGAGGUUUUCUCCGAGGUGUGGAAUGGCUAUGUUUGGCCUCGGUCUCAGUUCCAGAAGGUGGAUGUUCUUAAAGUUUCUGUUGCCCUGGGGCGUGGGAUGGUUGUGCAGGAGGAUCGGAUGAAGCUGCCCUUUGAGCUUAUUCUGUUAAUUUUGGAACACACAGAACACCCGUACUGCCUGAACCAUCUCCUGAUCAGCCGUGCGUUCUACUACGUCCUGAUGCCCAAGUUGUAUUAUUAUCCGCGCCUCAAGUCGUCAAACUUUGCGCAAUUUGUCGAUCUCAUAUCCCAGCACCAGAACAAGAAACGGUUCGAGGGACUCGUCAAGAUUCUUGAUCUGUCCCAAAUCAUACAGUCAGGAAAGAACUCGUAUGUUUCGAAGCUACUGAGGCGGUUCAGCGGGUCUCUAGAAGUAUUCAUUGCGUCGCAAGCCAGUUUCGGGCUUUCGCCACUGAUCAGUCUGCGACUGUGCCAUAACCUGAAGAUACUGGACUUGCGACUCGUCUCCGAGACUGUGAACCUGAAAGAGCUGUUCAACUCCAUUAAAUCAGCUCCGCUUCUAGAACAGCUUUCAUUUCCUCGGUCCUCGAUCUCGUGUGAGGAUUACGACAUGGAAUGGCCGUCCAAGCUCUGGUAUUUGCGGCUUCAGGGCGGCAUAUCUAAUAAGUUUCUCACCGAGUCGCGGUUUCCGGCCUCCAUCACGUCGCUGGAGUUCGCUCACUGUCCAAAUAUUACCGGAGAAGCGAUCAACGAAAUGCUCAUGCACAUUGGAUACAACCUGCGGCGGCUUUCCAUUUUCUAUCCCAUGCCAAAACUCAAAAGCAACUCUCUUGACACGGUCUUCCUUUACUGUCCAAACCUUGUUUAUUUAUACAUCAACAUCGAGUACUUUUCCAAAGACCUGUUUCAUGACGAGCUGCUGCCGCCGUUGGAAGAAUACCCGCGUCCGUUGCGCACACUAUGCAUUGACUCCUCAGGACUGCUGGGCCAAGGGUCCAAGAUCCACCCGGACGAUCUCACCAUUGCGCUAUGGGAAGAGCGAUUACCCUGUUUGACAAGUCUAAAGGUGAGCAUGAUGCUGGGAUGGAACUACGACAGCGACUCGGUCCAGGAUCUCGUGAACGAGCUCGAAGACAGAGGCGGCGCGCUAUACAAAAUGUAG